CGGCGCUACCUUAGCCACGGCGGCUAACUUGAUGCUAAGUGUGUGUGUGUGAGAAAAGCCCCACGAUCAGUUGAGAAGGACGGAAAGAAAACACACACAGCCAGGCGGGCUCGGAAGACUUUUCCACCUCUAGAAACCGUCCCGGAGCGAUAAGGUUAUACACCAGCAGAAACUUCGGCGAACACAAAAAGAAACCCUUCGGUCAUGUCGGGACAGAGGAAAGGAGCUGCAGCGCGGCUGCCUAAAUGUGCCUUCUGCAGAACCAACCGGGACAAGGAGUGCGGGCAGCUGCUAGUGUCCGACAGCCAGAAGGUGGCAGCCCACCAUAAGUGCAUGCUUUUCUCCUCUGCCCUGGUCACAUCUCACUCAGACAGUGAAAACAUUGGAGGAUUUUCCAUCGAGGAUGUGAAGAAGGAGAUCAAGAGGGGAAAUAAACUGAUGUGUUCUUCAUGUCACCGACCGGGUGCUACGAUCGGCUGCGACGUGAAGACGUGCCGGAGGACGUAUCACUACUAUUGUGCCGUGAAGGACAAAGCCCAGAUUAAAGAGAACCCCUCACAGGGGAUUUACCUAGUUUACUGUCGCAAACACCGGGAUGCUUCUCAGGAUGGCAUUCAAGAUGAAGAGGGAGGUGUGGCCAAUGACUCAGACUCAUCGCCUCCACAAAGUAGAGGCAGAGGAAGGUUCGAGAAGGGGAGAACUAAGGUCGGAUCUCGAGGCCAGUCAGAAGACUCCCGCUCCACCUCCUCACAGGCUGCAGACGAGGAGAGCUCCUCUCAUCGGGACAGGUCACCUCUUCGGGCCAGUCCAGGAGAUGGCGGGCAGCGCUGCGGCUUUUGUCACGCUGGUGACGAAGAGAAUGAAACGAGGGGCGUGCUUCAUACCGAUAACUCCAAAAAAGUGGCUGCACACUACAAGUGCAUGCUUUUUUCUUCGGGGACAGUGCAGCUGACCACGACAUCGAGGGCUGAAUUUGGAAACUUUGACGUGAAGACGGUUAUCCAGGAAAUCAAGAGGGGGAAAAGAAUGAAAUGCACGCUCUGCACUCAGCUGGGUGCUACCAUCGGGUGUGAAAUCAAGGCAUGUGUGAAGACCUACCACUAUCACUGCGGCCUGCAGGACAAAGCCAAGUACAUCGAAAACAUGGCGCGUGGAAUCUACAAACUAUACUGUAAGAACCACAGUGGAAAUGAGGAGAGGGAUGAGGAAGACGAGGAACGAGAGAAUCGCAGUAGAGAGAGGGCAGCAAUCGACCACGGAGGAAGACAGUCAACGCAACUGAAUGGCAACUAGACAUUAUGCUGUUCUCACAGGACGGCCUGAUGGAUGUUACGUGGGGCGAAAAACAGAAGACUUCAAAGACGAGGGAGCGAUAUUUUUUGAUACUAAAUCUUAGCCUACUCACAAAGCCGUGGUCUACAAGCUCCCGCGAGUCCUCUACAUGGUUUCUUCAAGUUAAAUGGACAUGAUGUCCCAGUGUGCGCCAGGUGGCGGCGGCGUCGCCUUCUUCUUGUUCUUCUUCUUGUUCUUCUUCUUCUUCACGGGACCCGGCUCUCAGUUGGCUUGAUGAGCUUUUCCACAGACUGGUGGUACUCUGCAGAGCGCUGGACUGCUGCAGGAUCAAUGAAAAAGCUAUGGGCUCAGUUUCAAACACAUAUAUUAUCGCCGUGCAUAAGAGAUGAAGGACUGAUGUCUUGAUUGUCACUCACUGCCCAUGUCCUCUACAGAUUACAUGACCCACACUUGCUGAAGUCGAUACAUUCUUGCUCUUCCUUAGCUUCUAAAGGACUCACUUUUAAGAGGGGUCUGUUUGUUACUAGUCUCUCUAUCAAGUUGUGCAGUUUGAUUACUUUGUUUCUGUAAUCAUGUCUUAAGAAUACUCUUUUGAUGUUAGCCUUUCUUUCUUGAUAUGUAAUAUUUUGCUACUGUAUUAUCAUCAUGAGUAAUUUUGAAUAUCUGGAUUUCAAAACAGUCACGAUUACAAGUUUUGCCAGCAUGCACUUGGAUUUUUCCACUGUUAAAGGUGGCAUUUUUUUAUUUAGCUGUUUAAAGGGCAAAGUAGGGCUCUUUAGAAGAGUUGGCUUGACUUUGUUUGAUGUACUGUUACUUGUAUCUCCAACAAAUGUAUCCAUGAAUGAUUGGAAAUAGAAAAAAAAAGAUUUUAUUUUACACAUUUAA